AUGUGGAUCAGAUUAGGGGUAUUACAUAUAAGUACUGGUUCUCGUUUGUUCUUCCUUUCCUCAGUCCGUUACACGCGACUGAGGCUGUGCGGCAUACCGAUGAUGGUGCCAUUUGAGGAACGGCUUGCAAACCUAAGCUUGGCAGAUAUGGAGCGCACAUCAGACACAACCCUCGAAGACAAAGAUUUGAGUAGACAAGAGGGACAAGGAUGCCAGCAACCUGUCGAGGGUAUUCAAGCACCCUUUGCUCAUAGGAGCGGCUACAGUUUUGAGAAGACAGUGUCGCACGUAUCCAUGCGGUGGCGAACUAUAGUCAUCUCUAAUCCGUCACUAUGGACGUACAUCUCUGUGUGCCCAGAGGAAACUCCAUCAUUCCUUCUAACGCGCAUUCAUCGUUCUUUCACCAACGUUGUACCACAGUUGUUACUUGUUCAGCUGAACAUUAUUCUCCGUUAUGCAAGUCGGUGGCGCUCACUCACUCUUCGAUUUGGACUGGCGGAAUCGAUGUUCGCUUUUGUUUUUCUCUACUUUACGCGUUACGGAACAUAUCUUCCAUCCCUCGAAUCUGUGAGGCUAUAUGGUUCAAAGAUGCAAGUCAAGCCAUGGUCACGGGCCCUCUUUUUCGACGAGCCUUGCACUCCAAGGCUCUCUACCCUCGAGGUUGCCAAUAUGAAGAUACUUUCUGGCAUAAACUCCUGCAACUCGACAAUCACCACCCUAGUCCUCACAAACGACAUACCAUCGGAGAUUAUGAUUACGACUUUUAACGAUUUCACGCGUGUUUUCGCCUCAUUUCCAUUUCUCGCCUCAUUGGUAACCUACGGUCUCGUGGUCGACAUUUCUUCGCAUCAGUCGUUCACUGACGAUCACCAGUACCCCUCCCUCCGCACCCUAAGCAUCCAUCGCAUCGAUGGCGCGCGUUUCUCCUCGUUGAUCGCCACUCUUGCAUUAAUUUUUCCUGGCAUUACACACCUCAAUUUGACAGGGCCCCGGGCUGCCUCCUCGUUACUUGAGGCUGUACGACAAGUAUCUGCAGAUCAAAUAUGGCCAGGCCUCCAGAAACUCGUGCUAAAUACUUUUAUUGGCUAUGAAUGGUCACAAAUCAAUCAUUACCUUGAAACACAUGGUAGUGGUGAUGAUGGCGAUGGCGAAGAUAGGACGCAAUAA